UGCUGCUACUGCUGGCUGCUCCGUCACGUCCCGUCGGCGCUGCCAUUUGUUGCUGCUUCGCCUCUUCCCCAGACGAGCGCGUGCACUCGAGUACUUGACCUGACCGCACCCGCAGCGGAGAGACCCAGAGCCUUCUCCUCCGCCCUCCCCCUGCCCCCCUUUCACAUCAUCUCUCCAAGAACCGUCCUGCUCUCCUUCUACAUGGCCGCCUCCGCCCGCCCAGGCAAUCCCAAUCUACGUCCCUCUCUUUAGCUCCGCCGCCGGUGACCAUUGCCCCCUGUCGCGAGAUUGGUUCCGGCCGGCAGCCAGCGGUGCCUCCUCCCAUUCCAUCGGUAUGUCUGAGGAGGAUAAUGCCCUGUUUCCGUCGAUUCUUGCUCAUGUGUAUGGGGCGUCUCUGGUCGACCGGCGCAGGAAAUAGGGCUAAAUAAGUAUGGAUCCAGCGGCGCUUCGAGCUUGUUCCGUCCCGUCGCAGAUUCUCUCAUCCUUUUUCUGUUUCACCAGAUCGAGUCCGUGUUUUGUGCUCUUAAACACGAUUUUUUUUCUUGGAUAAGCAGCAGUAGACAAUUUAUUUUUCCUCUACUAGUAUUAGUAGAAUGCAUCAUCGUUGCCAUGAUGCACGUUCUUCCAGAAAAAAGUAACGUUGUAGUCACAUAUCUAUUAGUAGUACUACCAGUUUGGCACUAGUACAUGAACCAUGCAUUUUCUCGAGAAAAAGAGGGUAAAUGAAUAUGCAUGCUUAUGGAGAUAUUUGUGAUAGAGUGGGGAAUUUAUUCACCAUAGAUCGUGGUUUGAGAUUCGCAUGUUUUAUGUCGCUAUAUUAUGCACCACUGUACUCUCUCUAAUGAAUUAAUUCUGUUUAUGCAAAUUAAUUUAUAGAGUAUGUAUGUUCAGCGUUGUGAAAUAAUUAAUGAUUAAGUGAUAGUAGUUGAAUCUAGAUCUCGUUGGUCUUUGUUUUGCUCCAUCACAGAUUCUCUCAUCUUAUUUCUGUUUCAGCAGAUCAAAUCCGUGUUUUGCGCUCAAACACGAUCUCUUUUGGAUAAGCAGCAGCAGAAAAAAAAUUCUCUCUAGAAUGCAUCAUCCACUACUAGAUUGGCAGAGCACAUAUUAAACUCGGUGAAAUCUUCACCGAGUGCCAAACUCGGCGCAGCGCACUCGGCUGGACGGGCCACGGCAAUCAUUAAUACUGCCGAGUUCAUUCUAUCGCGAACUUCCAGAACAAAUUGCAUGGGUCUUGCACUAGUACAUGAAUCUUGCACUUUCUCGAGAAAAGGAGAAUUUAUUCGUAAUCUUGUAUUUCUUCACAUAUUUAUUAGGAUCAGUUUGGCACUAGUACAUCAAUCUUGCAUUUUCUUGGGAAAAAGAGAGAAAAUGAAUCUGCAUUCUUAUGGAGAUAUUUAUGAUAGAGUGCGGAAUUUAUUCACCAUAGAUCGUGCUUUGAGAUUCGCAUGUUUUAUGUUGCUAUAUUAUGCACCAUUGUACUCUCUCUGAUGGACUAAUUCAUAUUUUGCUUGUGCAAAUCCAUUUAUUUGUAUAUUCGGCAUUGGAUUUUUUUUUAACAAUUUAGUAAUAGUCGAAUCUAGAUCUCGUUGCUCUUCAUUUUAGACAUUUUGAUGCUGUAGAACUGACUUUAUUAAGGUGUGAAAUGAGAUGUGCUACAACAAAGAUGGCGAGAGCAUGCGAAUCUCUAAGCAUGAACCAAUGCUGGAUUUAGGGAUUGUAUAUGCUCCACCGGGGACAGCCAUGUACUAUGCAUUUAGAAUAUUGUUGAUCAAAAAUUCAGAUUUGUUUUUGGAUAUGAAGCAAACAAAUUACAGAAUUCUGCUUAGCAGGCAGUUGAAUUUCACAUCAUGAGGUGCUAAACUACAUGGCUGAAGAUACGCUCAAGGGAGGACCUAAAGGUCUCCGUAGCCAUCCCAUCAGUGAAACUCCAUUUGAGGCAUUUUAUGAUGGCUCGUGGCAUGAAGUUAAUUGUAUAAGGGUCAGGAAUGGCGGUCUAUUCGUUAAAUUCUACUCUGGUUCCACAGUCGAGCAUAACGUUGAUGGGGAUCAUCUGCGCCUACGCUCCAGAAGGGCUACGUACUUUGACUGCUCGCAUGUUCUCAAGCCGGGUGUUGAUAUCUGUGUACAAUCAUCUCAUCCACUGCAAGGAAAUCCAACUGGGGAAAUGAAAUUUUCGAUGUUACUGUGUCAUGAUGCAAGGCUCAUCACAAUCAAGAGAACUCAUAUUGAAGAUCAGUGUCUCUGCCUGUUUGUUGUUAUGCUUCGCAAGAACCUAUGUCCUGACAAUACAGAAAAUAGAAAAGUGAUAUCUGAUAGAAAAGAACAGGUGGUGACCCUAAAGAAUAUCUUCCUCUUGCAAAAGCUCCAACCUGAGGAGCUCCAUGAGGGAAGCAUACAAUGGAGUUGUGCAGAGGACUGCCUGUCUCACAAUAGAAGCAAGCUGUUAAGUGCAAGAUUCUCCCAAGAAAUUGCACAUCUCAUAGUUUUGUCUAUCCUGAAUGGAAUGGAGUUCACCAUCAAGUUGGUAGAAGGCAAUAUCAUCUAUAGAAUCAUCAAAGGAGGCCGAGCGAGUUGCAAUCUUGAUUCCAUGAGCACACCUCCAGGCUUUGGCAACAACAUGGAGAUAGUUUCAUUCCAACUGCGCAAUGAGGCUUUACGCCCAAUUAUCAGGAAUAUCCCUGUCACUCAUCCAAAGAAGCACAAUCUCACAGAAGACAUGAGAUUCACUAUGAAGGCUGAAUUGGAUGGUCAAUUGGAAGACAGGAGAUUUACGGUCAAGACUGAGUUGGAUGGUCUAUUGGAUGUUUUCUCGUAUGAAGAAGUGGAUUUGAGGCGCUCAAAGCGUCGGAAAACUCAAGCAGAGCGCUUUACUAGCUAUGAAACGCCUAAUUUCGGUCGUGACAGGUGGAAGAGAUGUGAUGCGCCUUCCACCAAGCAUGGCAAUUCACAAAGAGCUUCACGUCGAGAUUCACCAGUUGCAGUAGAAUCAACCUAUGGAGAGGUCCCAGUGAAUAUCACACGGAAACAAACAAGUGCAACCGCUUUCGUGGUCAAGGAAAACCCAAACUCCGCAGAAGGGAAGCAUAAGAGCACAGCAAGGAUAACUCCUGUCAAGGGAAAACCCAGCUCUGUGGAGGUUAAGGAGGAGAGCACAGUUGAAGAAAGAUCUCCGGGUCCUCAUGUUCCACGAACACCUGCAAAGAGUAAGGAGAGGAAUCUUCGCCCCCUUUUAUCUCUUCGACGGAAGUCAUUUACUUCAUCCCGCAGCCUAAAUGGCAAUUCUGAGCCAGCAUUUGGUCGGAAAAGGAAGGAACGCAUGUGCGAAAGAGAAUACAAGAAAAUGAUAAACCAAUGCAUAGGAAACAUCCAGAGUGAAAUGGAGAGGGACUUUGAGUUCAAUCUAGGUGUUCCGAUGAUGAAUUACGGUCAAGGUUUUUAUGGAGAAGUGAAUUUUACAUGGCCAGCUUCUGCUGAUAAUGACAGUCAAGAAGAGAAAGAUGGUCUUGAGGAAUUUUGGAAAGAAAUGGAUCACUCAUUGACCACACUAGCGCUUGAGAAAAAUCAGGACUCACAUUCAGAAGCAGUUCAUGAAGCCACUGCUGGUUUAGGUAAAAGUGAAGAAAAUCCAUGUGAACAUGACUGCAUGCUGGAUGAGGGGCUUGGACUGGUGUGCAGAUUAUGCAAUGUUGUAUGUGUGGAGAUAAAGCACAUCUUUCCGCAAAUGGCCAAUGGUAAUGGCUAUAACAAGGAGAGACCUGGAUGCCGCAAUAUUGAUCAUGAUGAUCUUGUACUUGAUCCUUCUCUUCUUGCAAUCUUGGGACCAGAGUUUUCAGAACUGAAGGGCUCCGGGAACCUGUGGAGUUUAAUACCCGAUCUUGAGCCUAAACUACUUCCUCACCAAAGGAAUGCAUUUGAAUUCAUUUGGAAAAACUUGGCGGGAUCGCUGCAACUCGAGGAAAUGGAUAAUCCAACAGCCAGUACUGGUGGCUGUGUGGUUGCACAUACUCCUGGAUCAGGGAAAACUCUGCUGCUGAUCUCAUUUCUUGUCAGUUACUUGAAAGUUCACCCGAGAAGCCGGCCAUUGGUGCUUACUCCAAAAUCUGCUAUCCAUACAUGGAUGAGGGAAUUUGAGAAAUGGGGCAUUUCACUUCCUCUGCAUGUGCUUCACCAGGCUGACAAAAGAGGCAAGCCAAUGGGGCCUAUUGAUCCUAGGCUGCAGGCAAUUUUAAGCAAUUUUCGCCGACCCAACUGGAAAAAUAUUUGCCUUGUGGAUCGUCUGGACAAGUUAUGCAAGUGGCAUGAGCAUCCAAGUGUUCUUUUGAUGACAUACUCAUCUUUCUUACGGCUGGCGAAAGAAGACUCAAGAAUGCCGCAGCGAGCAUUCAUGGUGCAAGUCCUGAUCAACAACCCUGGGCUGUUGAUCCUUGAUGAGGGGCACAACCCGAGGAGCAACAAAUCCAAGUUGAGGAGGGUGCUGAUGAAGGUGAAGACUGAGUUUAGAAUCCUCAUGUCUGGCACGGUCUUCCAGAAUAACUUUGAAGAGUAUUUCAACACCCUAUCUCUGGCCAGACCUCGGUUUGUGGACGAUGUUAUGACCGUGCUUGUCCCAGAAAGGAAGAAGGAAACGAGGGGCAGGAGAGCUAAACAUAGAGAAGCAGUGGCAAGGCGCAUCUUUGUGGACAGAGUUGGGCAAAUGAUUGAGUCCAGCGACAACUGGGACCGGCAAGGUGGUAUCAGUUUGUUAAACAAGCUUACAUGUGGGUUCAUCGAUUCAUUCGAAGGGUCAAAGCUAAGGAGCCUUCCAGGGAUACAUGUAUAUACACUUUUCAUGAAACCCACUGAAAUCCAGGAGGAUAUACUUUCAAGAAUAUCGAUGGCCACGUCAUGCGGUGGCCGUUACCUUCUCGAGGUUGAGCUGCUCAUCACGAUUGCGUCUAUCCAUCCAUGGCUCAUAAAAACCACCAAAUCUUCUAGCACUUACUUCACUCCAGAAGAAUUGCAUAAAGUUGACAAGUACAAGAGGGACUUUGUUGUCGGUUGCAAGGCGAAGUUUCUCAUCGAUCUGCUGCACAAGUCGUCGUACAGGGGGGAAAGGGUGCUGAUAUUCUGCCACAACGUGUCGCCAAUAAGCUUUCUUGUGGAGUUGAUCGAGAAUGUGUUCGGAUGGCGCCUCGGGGAGGAAGUCCUGGUGCUCCAAGGUGAUCAGGAGCUGCCUGUCCGCUCCGACGUCAUGGACAAAUUCAAUACUGACAGUCAAGGUAAGAGGAAGGUGCUCAUUGCUUCGACGACGGCCUGCGCCGAGGGAAUCAGCUUGACAGGCGCAUCGAGGUUGGUCAUGCUGGAUUCAGAAUGGAACCACUCCAAGACCAGGCAGGCGAUCGCGCGGGCGUUCAGGCCCGGCCAGGAGAGGACCGUGUAUGUCUACCUUCUGGUGGCAUCUGGUACAUGGGAGGAGGACAAGUACAGCCGCAACAGGAGGAAGGCUUGGAUGGCGAAGAUGGUCUUCCACGGACGCUAUUUUGAUGAUCCGCUACGGAAAGCGGUGACUGAUUUUAAUGAUGACAUUCUCAAGGAGCUUGCUGAUGAAGACAAGACCAAAACCUUCCAUAUGAUAGUUAAGCAGGACUGACCGACCGAAAGGAUGCUCUGUCUCUCCUGUCCCUCUCUCCUACACCGCUAUUUUGUUCGUCUGAUCUGUUCUAGACCUGCGCCGUAGCGUUUAUGUGAGACCUCGUGUAUAUAUAGCUUAUGUGGACAUGCUCUAAUCUAAUGUGAACUUCUAUGGUAUUUUGUAAUGCUCUGUUGUUGGUUCUAGCACAGAUGCGAACUUCUCUGCACUAGAUGACCAGUUACAG